UUAAAAUAUGAAUAAUUUGAAUAAUAAAAAAUGAUUAUAUGCAAUUAUUUAGCUUUUAAAGAAAUAUGAAAACUUUGAGAGUUUAAAGAGAGAUAUUUAAACAUUAUUUAUUCUUGAAUAAUAUUAUUAUAAUUUUUUUUUUUUAAAUUGAAAAAAAGAAUGUCUCUUUUUAUAUUAUUUGAUUUUAUAUUUUGAAGUGAGUUAUGCGCGAUUAUAAAGUAUGACGUUAAAAUUUAGCAAAUGCAAACUCGAUUUGGCUAAAUCAGAGUGAAAUAAAUCAGAGCGAAAUAAUCGCGAGCGACGACAUGUUCAGUCCGCUCGCGUGUGAGUUUCGUUUGUAGGUUCGUCGUGUUCCGCGUAGCGGAAAUUUUAUGUAGAUCUCGGGUAGGUAGGCCCGUGUAUAGCGAUCACGAUCGAGAAGGAAAGCCGUCGAUGUUUUCGAAAAAUAUCCCUUUCGACGAAAUCUUUCCUCGCAACUCGGCGAUCUCUUCCAAAUCUGGUAGUGCAAAUGACGUUUCGCGGUGAGAUCGCGGUUAGUCCACGGGCGAAGCAACAACGGCGAAGGUAAUUUCUCAAGAUAUAUAUCGUCUUUCUCAAGAAUAUGUUGGCGUCCGUUUAAAUGUCUAAAAACAAGGCUCCUUAUACCAAGCGAUGAGAGAGCGGAUCUGAUAAUGCGCCGAUUUACAACAGCGACCGAGACUGUUCAUAAUUCUGGAGGCGAGACCACCGGCAACAUUACGACCCCCGGGGGUGAAAUUCCGUCGCGACGCCGACGGAAGAUCGAUGCGGCCGCGCCGGCUUCGCCGCGGAAAAUGGCGAUCCCGGCCGGCAGGAAUUUCGCAAGCUGCUAUAUGGAACUGUGCAAGCAACAACGGUUACGACCGUUGCCGGUUAUAUGUGUCACUCUACCGCACAGCCUGGACUUUACCACCGAUCGCGUCAAGAUGGACGAUUGGGGCCCGAUCUUGAACUCCCUUUCCCUCGAUCGUUCGCUCAAGUCGAUUAGCGUGCACAGCAGAUAUCAAUGCCGUAAACCGUUGGAAGAAGUGAAUUCCGAGGACAAGGCGCGAGCGAUGGGUAAAGCCCCGGUAGUCCUCACGCGUUAUUUGCUGGAAUGGCUGUCGCAGAGCGUCGGCCAAUGCGUGAGAAAUUCGUCUAGCCUCACGCAUUUGGAACUCGAGGGUAUCCCGUUUCCAUUGGAUUGCAUCGCAGUGCUCUGCGUCGGUCUGUCGGGAACAGAAACUCUACACCAUCUGUCCCUACGACGUUGUUACAUCGGCGAUGCUGGCUGCGAAUUGAUUUGCCGAACGAUAGCGGACAAUCGCAGCGUGAGGUCGUUAAAUCUCAGUCACUGCGACCUCACAUCAAGCAGCGGUGGCCCGUUAGCAUCCGCGCUCUCCAGACAGAAACUGGCGCUUUACCACGAUACCUGGAAACAAUCGCUGAGAUAUCGCGAACCCAACUUCGAGGCGAUGCCAGGAUUACGUCGAUUGACUCUCAACGAUAAUCCGCAUCUCGGCAACUGUGCCAUAAUAGAGAUGAUCGAGGCUAUACGCGACAGUCUAUGGAUGAAGGCGCUGGAUCUUCAGCACUGCGGCUUGACGGAUCAGAUUGGCGGGGAUCUGAUGAACCUACUCGAUCAGAAUAAUACGCUGGCAGUGCUCGAUGUGAGGAAGAACGCAAACCUGAACGAUGAACUUGCGUCGGAGGUGAUGAGGAGGUUGGCGGAAAACGAAGUCGAGGGAAAGUCGGAAUACAAGUGGAUGGGAUUAGCGCCGAAGGACAAAAGAACCGUGUCGGCUGGUACUCGAAGAUGCAAUGAGAAUGAAGACACCGCGAAGCUCUCGAGAGCGCGAAGUGCCUUCACUAGGUAUGCGAAAAGAUCGUGCCAGGCGAUUCCUCCGAGAAGGACGAUUCCGACGUCACUUCCAUCAGAUUCGAAGAUGAAGAUCCGAUCGUCUUCGCCGCCAGUUCGCGACACUACUCAGCAACGACCCGAUUUGAUGCGAUCGCGAACGAUCAGUAACAUACAAAGGGUGCCCAAGGUCUCCCUUCACCUGAACCUUCAAUCCCGGAUACAACCCGCGGUGAAUCGUACCGAUCGCGAGGAUUUAAAGACAACACCGGAACAUAAAGACAUUAUGCAACGCUCCGAAGAAACGAGCUUGAGAAGCUUCGAUUCGACCAAAGUGGACGUCGGCACGCAAAGCGUGGACGAUCCGGAAGAAAUUCAGAGUAUUCUCAGGCAAUUAGCGGAAGCUCAGGCAGAACACGAUCGUCUCCUGGAGGAGACCAAGCGGGUUGAUCUUCUACUCAUCGAGGAACGCGCAUGCCGCGAGGCCGCCGAGGCGAACCUAAGAUCGGCGCAAAACAACAUAGCUAUACUGGAGGACAUUUUGAAGAAAAAGGAAAUAGAGACCAACGGCUGUCUACUGAUCAGUCAGCAGUCUUUGGACGAGAUAUGCCUAUCCUUUGACCGGCUCUUAGAUCUGCUAGAAAACGUCGCUAAACAGCCAUUCGACCAGACGCAGUUAAAUAUGCAGCAGAUCGCUAGUACGGAUAUCAAGCGACGUCUAGUGUCCGUCAUCAGGCAGACCAAGUCGGAGAACCUGAAGAAAGGUUACAAGAUGGAUAUCGAAUCGCCGCGUGUAUCGCACGUCGUGGACAGCGCGCGGAAACUCGUCAAGUCCGAGAGCGAUGUGAGAUCUAUCAUGCCGAUUCCGGCGACGCACCUCGAGAAGAAGAUCGGCGAGUGUCCGGAGAAUAAGGAGAUGCGCGAUCGGCGUCGUCACGACGUCGACGCGAAGUCGAUAUCGCCCGGCGAUCGGGCCCGUGCGAUUUUCGCGAGCAUCGUUAGCGGCGAGGCCAUGCUUGACUUCUGCUAG